GGAAAACUUUCGCGGGAAGAGUUUAGGCGGCAGAAAGACCUCGACGCCGCCCGAAAAGCUGGGACAGCUCCAGCAGCCCUCGAUGAAGAAGGGCGGCCCAUAAACCCUCAUAUUCCUCAGUAUAUCUCGCAAGCCCCAUGGUACCUUGACACCGGUGCUCCGUCAUUGAAUCAUCAAAGACGACCUGACUACGACGAUUCAUCAAACAAGCUCGACAAUUGGUAUGAUAGAGGGGCGAAAGCUGGUCCCGCCGCGAAGAAAUAUAGAAAAGGCGCAUGCGAGAAUUGCGGUGCGUUGACGCACAAGAAGCAAGAUUGUUUAGAACGGCCAAGGAAGAAAGGCGCAAAGUUCACAAACAAAGACAUCCAGGCAGACGAGAUCAUACAGGAAGUGGCGACGGGAUAUGAUGCAAAACGAGAUCGGUGGAAUGGCUAUGACGCUGCCGAACACAAGCGUGUGUACGAUGAAUACGCCGCUGUUGAGGCAGCAAGGCAAAAGAUGCGAGAGGAAGAGAUUGACAAUCAAACGACAACGGACUUGGCUGCAGUUAGAAAGGUUGCGAAGGCCAGCAAAUCAGACGUGAAGGAGGCAGACGCAGAUUUUGGGUCGAGCGAGGAUGAGGAUGCGGAUGAAGACAAAUAUGCUGAUGCGGCGGACGCUGUUGGACAAAAGUUGGACGCCAAAACUCGAAUAACUGUCCGAAAUCUGCGUAUACGCGAGGACACUGCAAAAUACCUGAUCAACCUGGAUCCAGAGAGUGCUUAUUAUGACCCAAAGACCCGGUCAAUGCGUGAUGCUCCUCUCAAAAACAUUCCUGCAGAAGAGGCGCGUUUUGCUGGCGACAAUUUCUUCCGCUAUUCCGGAGAAGCUCCUGAGGUUCAACAACUUCAGUUAUUUGCCUGGCAAGCGGCUGCACGCGGGAAUGACGUUCAUUUGAAUGCAAACCCAACACAGGGCGAACUUCUUCAUUAUGAGUUCAGGCAGAAGAAGGAAGAAUUGAAGGAUACGACCAAGACCAGUAUUCUUGCGAAAUAUGGUGGCGCUGAAUAUCUGGACACUGCACCAAAGGAACUCCGGCAGGGACAGACUGAAGACUAUGUUGAGUAUUCAAGGACCGGUCAGGUCAUCAAAGGCCGCGAACGGGCAAAAGCUAAAUCCAAGUACCCCGAGGACGUAUAUAUUAACAACCACACUGCUGUGUGGGGAUCAUGGUACAACUCCUCUGACGGAACGUGGGGGUAUGCCUGUUGCCACUCAAACAUUCACAUCUCGUAUUGUUCUGGCCAAGCGGGUAUUGAUGCGGCCGAAGCGUCAAGUGCCCAACAUUUGCUUGCUUCUGCUCCUCAGCCAGCGGCACACGAACCGCCGAAAGAUGAAUUCCAAACGCAGCGGAGUGAGAAAGUAGAUCAAAACUACUCAAAGAGACGCAUCGGGGAAGGUGAAGUUAAACUUGACGACGAGCGACUAGCAAAGGCGGUUCGCGAGGAAAAGAAGAGGAAGGAACGAGGGGGAAAGGACAUGGACGAUAGGUCCGGGAAGAAACAGAAGGUUGGAAGUCAUGAUGUGACGGAGGAAGAACUCGAGGCGUACAGGAUGACCCGUCGGAUGGCAGAAGAUCCAAUGGCGAAUUAUGUUGACGAAAAUUAA